AAGCUCUUCUCUGGGUUUUAACUUUUCUUUUUGGUUCAUCAGGAUAAUUUUUUUUUUUUUUUUUUACUUUUUCUUGUGGCAUUUUCUUAUUUUGGCUGGAUACCAUAUAGCCCAAUGGGAAGAAACUGAGCUUAUUUAAUUUUAAACCCCUCGUGUCAAAGUGAUUAAAUUAAACGGACAGCUGCGUUUAUAAACCACACAUCACUUUUGGAGUAACGUAAACAAGCACAACCACCAAACUGCACCUUUUACAAAAGAGGGGGCAUAUAAAUACAGAAUAUUUUCCAAGUUGUAUGCCUUUUUUUUUAGAACUAUGAAGCAUUUGCAGUUUGUGCUGGUGCUGGUGAUCGCGGUCAACGUGUGGGAAUGUGGAGACGCGCAGUUUAGCGAGAGAGAGGAGCUGAGCCCCAGGAGGAGAAGAUGUUACGACGGAAGCCUGCCCAAGAGGCUGAAGAGAAGGGAGCGGAAAGUGUUUGACAGCAGCGUGGGCAGCAGCAGCAGCGACGUCUGCCACAGACUGUAUCCACGCGUGUCCUGCUGUCCCACCAGAAGAGCCGCCUAUCAGAUCCUCCACCGCAGGGAUGCCAGGAUUUUUUCCACUAACAACACAGAAUGUGGACACCUCCUGGAGGGGAUCAAGUGUGCUCGUUGCUCCCCCAAUGCCCAGGUGCUGUUCCACUCACUGGACAUGGACAGGAUGCCACACAGGGGGCCAGACCUGCCACGGCUCUGCCAGGACUUCUGCCGCGAUUUCUAUUACACCUGCAGGGGACACAUACCAGAACUGUUCCAAGCUGAUGUCGAUGAAUUCUGCCAGUACUAUGGGAGGAGAGGGUCCAGUUUAUGUUUUCCAGAUUUUCCACAAACCCACCUUCUUGGGCAAGAUUCCAACUACUUGGAAGAUAAGAAAAUAGAAGAUAUCAGUAGGAAACACAAACACAACUGCUACUGUGCCCAGGAGGUGUUGAGUGGUCUGAGGCAGCCGGUCGCUGUGGUUCACUGUGGUGACGGCUCUCAGCGCCUUUUUGUUCUGGAGCGAGAAGGAAUUAUCAGGAUCCUCAACCAUAACCUUGAGCUAAUCAAAGAGCCUUUCUUGGACCUUCACAAGCUGGUGCAGAAUGGUCUGAAGAGUGGUGAUGAAAGGGGCCUAUUAAGCUUAGCAUUCCACCCCAAUUACAAGAAGAAUGGCAAGCUGUACAUCUCCUACACCACCAACCAGGAGCGCUGGGCCAUUGGACCACACGACCACAUUCUACGUGUGGUUGAAUACACCGUGUCACGGAAAAAUCCAAAUCAAGUAGACAUAAGGACGAUGCGUGUGCUUAUGGAAGUGGCAGAGCUGCACAGGAAACACCUCGGAGGUCAUCUUUUAUUCACCCCUGAUGGUUUGUUGCACAUCAUUCUGGGAGAUGGCAUGAUCACUCUGGAUGAUAUGGAGGAAAUGGAUGGACUCAGUGAUUUCACAGGAUCCAUCCUAAGGGUGGAUGUGGACACAGAUGUUUGUACAUCAAAUUAUUCCAUACCACGGGACAAUCCGUACUUUAACAGCACUAAUCAGCCACCUGAAAUUUUUGCUCAUGGAUUACAUGACCCAGGCAGGUGUGCAGUGGAUCGACUUCAGACAGACAAUGGAAGUCUCGUUAUCCUAUGCACAGACGCCAGUGGCAGAAACGCCUCAGCAGGAAGAAUAUUGGAAAUUACUAAAGGAAAGGAUUAUGAAAAUGAGCCAUCUGUCUAUGACCUGCAGUCCAGUGGAGGAACGCCACCUGUGGGAGGCUUCAUCUACAGGGGAUGCCAGUCGAGAAGACUCUAUGGAAGUUAUGUGUUUGGAAAUAAAAAUGGUAACCUACAAAUCCUUCAAAAGAAUGCAUUUGCAACAUCCUCGAGUGGAGAACAGUGGCAGGAAAAGACUCUGUGUUUAGGCUCUGCUGGCUCCUGUGCUUCUGCCCUAGCUGGGCAGAUCUUGGGUUUUGGAGAAGAUGAACUAGGUGAAGUUUAUAUACUAGUGAGCAGUAAAAGCUUGACACAGUCACACAGUGGAAAACUCUACAAGCUGGUAGACCCAAAAAGGCCUCAUGCCCCCAAGGAGUGCCAACGUCAGGUGCAGCCACCAGAGCUGCUGAUGACAGCUUGUUCCAGAUACUGCAAGAAUGGACUUUGUACUCCUACUGGGAAAUGUUGCUGUAGCCCAGGCUGGGAGGGACCCUUCUGCCGAAUAGCCAAAUGUGAACCAGCCUGCCGCAACGGAGGAGUGUGUUUGGAGCCAAACAAGUGCUUGUGCAAGAAUGGCUACUCCGGGUCUCAGUGUGAGAAGAGUGAACAGGGCAUGCCCAACGACCAGGAGAAAGAUGGGAUACUAGACCACAUCAUCGAUAUGACCACUUAUCUCUUAGACCUGACCAGCUACAUUGUAUAGGUGUGCGCUAAGGAGGACUGCUCCCCACCGUCAACCUCACAUUGACACAAAUCUACCUAUCACCACCAGCAGACCCUUACCAAGGUGUUAUCCAUGUGGCCAUUUAAUGUCCCUCACAUAAACAUAAACAUACAGACACACAUGAACAUAGAAAUACAAACAAGAUCCCCAUCGGACUGCUUUGGAUCUUUGCACACGCACGCACGCACACACACACACACACACACACACACACACACAAAACACAAGAAUCUCCAUCCAUUCACCUAUAAGCUAUUUGCUCUUGAGCACCAGGACUGUCGUCCGAGCCAUGUUCACAUUUCAAAGUGGCCUACAGACAGCAGGGAGUUGACAAACAGCCUUGAUCAU